GUGCUAGGGCGGCUGGGAGGCCCAGUGAAGCGAGGCUCGCGUUUCCGGUGGUGGAAGAGCUCCGGAGGUGGCUUCGGUGAGGAGUUAUUUUCUCAGGCCACAGUGCCUGGCUGACUAGCUGAGGGAGGAAACCUCCCUCCUUCCUUCUCAGGUACUGGUGGCCGCGCAGAGCGGGAGACCGAGGACCUGGGAGGCUGCUUCCGCUCAGACCUUGCUGUGGGAGAGGAGGCUGCGACGGCAGUAUGGAGGCGGCGGAGCCUACCGCGGUUCCACAAAAACUGAGCCGCAAGAAGUACUUGGCUCUCCGGAAGAAGGAGAGGCGUAAGAAACGACGGCAGGAGCUCGCUCGUCUGAGAGAUGCAGAAUUGUCACAGAAAGAGGAGGAAGAAGAUCCUCUUGCUGAAGAAAAACAAUUAGAAGAAGAAAGGUUGAUGGAGGAAGAGAGGCAAAGAUUACAUGAAGAAUGGUUACUGAGGGAAGAGAAGGCACAAGAAGAAUUUAGGGCAAAGAAGAGAAAAGAAGAGGCAGCUCGAAAACGGAAGGAAGAAUUAGAGAGAAAGUUAAAGGCAGAAUGGGAAGAACAGCAGAGAAAAGAGCGAGAGGAAGAAGAGCAGAAACAACAAGAGAAGAGAGAAAGAGAGGAAGCAGUGCAGAAGAUGCUGGAUCAGGCUGAAAAUGAGCUGGAAAAUGGUGGCACCUGGCAGAACCCAGAACCGCCCACAGAUGUAAGAGUACUGGAGAAAGAUAGAGCCAACUGCCCAUUCUACAGUAAAACCGGAGCUUGCAGAUUUGGAGACAGGUGUUCACGCAAACACAACUUCCCCACAUCAAGUCCCACCUUGCUGAUGAAGAGCAUGUUUACAACGUUUGGGAUGGAGCAGUGCAGGAGGGACGACUAUGACCCUGACUCAAGCCUAGAAUACAGUGAAGAAGAGACCUACCAACAGUUCCUAGACUUCUAUUAUGAUGUCCUGCCUGAAUUCAAGAGGGUGGGAAAAGUGAUUCAGUUUAAGGUCAGCUGCAACUUGGAGCCUCAUCUGAGGGGCAAUGUGUAUGUUCAGUACCAGUCGGAAGAAGACUGUCAAGCAGCUUUUUCUGUUUUUAAUGGACGAUGGUAUGCAGGACGACAGCUUCAAUGUGAAUUCUGCCCAGUGACCCGGUGGAAAAUGGCAAUUUGUGGCUUAUAUGAAGUACAGCAGUGUCCAAGAGGAAAGCACUGCAACUUUCUUCACGUGUUCCGAAAUCCCAACAAUGAAUAUAGGGACGCUAAUAGAGACAUCUACCUGUCUCCAGAUUGGACUAGCUCCUCCUUCAGUAAGAAUUCAGAGAGGAGGGAAAGGGCCAGUCACUAUGAUGAAUACUAUGGCAGGUCAAGAAGAAGGAGGAGUCCGAGUCCAGACUUCUACAAGAGAAAUGGUGAGUCUGAUAGGAAGAGCAGUAGUCACAGGGUGAAGAAAUCUCACAGACAUGGAAUGAAGAGUCGUGAGAAGCACAGUUCACCGAGUAGAAGAAGAAGAAGAAGAAGAAAAAGAAGAAGAAAAGAUCACAGUCCGGGCCUCUGGAGCCAGAGCAGGAGGAGCCGGCGUAGCAGGAGCCGUAGUCACAGCCAGAGCCGCAGCCGCAGCAGAACCCGCAGCCGCAGCCGCAGCCGCAGCCGAAGCCGAAGCCGAAGCCGAAGCCGAAGCCGAAGCCGCGACCUGAGCCGGAGCCGGAGCCGGAGUGGGAGCCGGAGCCGGAGCCGGAGCCAGAGCUCAUCAAGGUCCAGAAGUCGUGGCAGGAGGAGGUCAGGUAGUAGAGACAAAAACACCCAGAGUCCCAAAUCUAAACUUUGUUUUUAAAUAUGUCUGUCUUUUAAUGGCAUCUGCUCACCUGUAUAGAUUGAUGAUGCUAGCCAAAUGGUAUUAUGUAAACCAUAAUUUUUGUAAAUUAUACACACACACACAAAUAAGAAAUUACUUGUAAUCCUAACCUCAAGAGCAUCACUUAAUGCUGCAGUGAUGCUUUAGUAUUUUUUUCUGUUUUCUGCUUAUGCACCCCUCCC